GUUUGGAUACCGUGUCGCUCCGCCAGUUCUGGCCUUUACCGAGCCCGUAGCCCGCAGCCAUAGCCGUCGCUGGCUCGUUCCCUGCAGGGCCUGCGUGCGCGGGUGAUGUUGGGCUUUGGGAAGCUGCUGGACCAGGCCAAGAGUUUGGGGAAUUUGCUGGAACAGGCCGAUGAGGUGGCCACGCAGUCGGACCUGCACGCGCUCACCAAGGGGGUUGCCAGCACUACCUUCGAGGCUGCCAAGAUCGUGACAAAGGACACCGUUGGCAAAAUGAAGAUGUUCGACUUGGGGCUGAAGGAGGGCAUCAGCGAGUUCAGCGCAGACGCAGCCAAGGGCCUGAGCGAGCUCCGUGGCCAGUCGCUCGUAGGCGCCGCUGGCAGUGCCGUUCGAGCCCUCGACGACGGGCCCGCCGCGACCAGUCAGGAGGGCACCAGCGCAGGACGCGGCCAGCGGCUGGCCGACCUGAAGGAGCGGAUCGGAGAGCUGGAGGCGCGGGAGGAGGAGCGGCUUCACGCGCGGCAGGGCCUGCAGCUGCGGCUCGACGAGGUCUCGCGAGAGGCGGAGGAGCUGCGCAGGGAUCUGGGCGAGGCGGGAGAGGGUCAGCCGCGUGGGGAGCUCCCGCCAGAGGGCGCGGCGGCGGGGGCAGCGCCGCCGGCACCUGGCGUCGGUGCGCACGACCAGCGCCUGGAGGCGAUGCGGCGCGAGCUCUGGCAGCACCAGGCGGACGCCGACGCCCGCGGCGCGGCGCUGGAGGCCGAGCUCUGCGCGGUCAGCGCUGCCUGCGAGCCCCUGCUGGUGGAGCUGGAGUUCUGGAGGGAGCAGUCGCAGCGGCUGCUGGCGGCGCGAGGCCUCGACCAGGUCCCCGAGGACGUCCGCGCCCUGGCCGAGCGGGGCGCCUGCGCAGGUGGCCAGGCCCACCGCGGCGCAGCGGACGCUGGGGCGCCUGCGAGUCGGGGGCGUGACGCUGCGCAGGAACGGCUGCAGCAGCUGACCGAGGACCGCGACGCCCAGCAGCGCGCAUACGAGAGCCUCGGCGAGCGACUCGAGGAGCUCAUGCGGGGCUCGGAUGCCGCCAUGGGCCGCGUGGACGUCCUUCGCAGAGAGGAGCGAGAGCUCAAGGCGCGGCUGGCGGAGGCCGAGGCCUCCGCCACGGGCAGGACCGAGGCAGCCUCUGCGACCGAGGCACGGGUGCAGGCAUUGCGCCUGGCGCGGGCAGGGGAGGAGCGGCGGGCCACUGCGGAGGCGCAGAACGCCCGCGAGGAACGCCGCGCCGCCGCUCCCGCCGCCGCGGUCGAGGCGGCGGGCCUGCGGCGUGGCCUCGAGGCGCUGCUGCGUGAAGUGGAGGGGCUGUCGCAGGAGAACGCGGGGCUUGAGUCGCGCCUGCGGAAGCACCGCGCCUCGGCGGCGGCCGACCUGGAGCGGGCCGUGCCCUUGUUUGCGCCUGGUUGGUGGCAGGGCGUUGACGGCGCAACGAUGAAGAUCGUGAUGCUGCUGGUCCGCUCGCAGUGCCUUCGCAGGGCAUUCGUUCUGCACCUGUUGGCCACCUACCUGUGGCUCUUCUUCCUGAUCUUCUGGCUGGAGAAGCACCCUUGACAGCCUCCCGCUCCUUUCUCUCUCCUUCUGACAGCCUCGGCUGACCAAGGACAUCAAUCUGGCCCGUGACGCCCCAGCGUUUCUGCAAUUUGCUUCUGCUCGUGCUGUAGAGGGUCCGUGCUGGAUUCGGAUGUCCGAGUGGAAGGCGUUCAAUAUUCCUCUUCUCCC